AUAAAUGAAAUGAUUUUCCAUGAUUCCGCUAAUACGUUCCUGUUCAUUUAAAAAUCUACCUCCAUAUAUAAAUUACUGUGAAAUAUUGAUUUUGAUUAUUUGUAAUAAAAAUGCUAUGGGUAUGCAUCAUUUCGAUCGCAUUUAUUACAGGAGAUGCCGAUGGAGCGGUACCUAUCUUCAGAAUUCUAGGAGGAAACAAGGUUGAUAUCAGAAAUUACCCUUAUGUGGUGUCCGUCCAGAUGUUAUUUCGAGGCCAAAGGAUGCACAUUUGCGGUGGAACGUUGAUAGCACCCAACACAAUUUUAACAGCAGCGCAUUGCUUCAGAUCCACAGGAAAUUUCGUAGUCAAAGCAGGUUCCAACAGCCUUAAGGAUUCUAGAGGAUGCGUUGUGCCCAUUAACAAAGUGAUAUACCAUCCUCAGUAUAAAGCCUUGAGCCAGGAUUACGAUAUUGCAAUUGCUCAGCUAAGAAAACCGGUGAAGCUCUCCAAAAUGAUACAACCCGUCAAAUUGCCAUCCUUUUCCAAAGAAAUUCCUCUAACGAAAGGCACUGUUCUGGGCUGGGGUGCUACAGGCUAUGGAGCAAGCACUAGUGAUGAUUUGAGAGCUGUUGAAAUACCAAUUAUAGAUGACAAAGAUUGCGUUCAAUCUUACCCGAAGGGUUUGGUAACAGAACGAAUGUUCUGUGCGAAGGAUGAUGAAGGCACCAAGGAUUCUUGUCAGGGGGAUUCUGGUGGACCGCUCAUAAUAAAUGGAACUAUUUAUGGAAUAGUAUCAUGGGGGUUUGAUUGUGGCAAUCCAGAUAAUCCAGGUGUUUACUCUAGGGUUCCAUAUUUCGCUGAUUUCAUCAAUAAAACACUUAAUCAAAAAAUAUCUCGAUAUAAUAGGAUAAAAAAGUGGAUACGAGGCUUAUAUUGACACUAAUUAUUGUGUAACUCGGUAGGAAUAUUAUAUUUUUUUUAUUUAUACAAUUAGUCAUUAGUACAAUUUUGUUUUUCAUGAUAUUCCACAAAAAAUAAAUCGCCCACAAACAUAAUCAAUUCAAAGCAGUGAAAAUUUUAGAAAAUUUCAUUAUUAUUAUAUCAUUAUAUUGUAUGUAAUUAUUGUUUUCGAUGCCUGCUCUUUGUGUAUUACUCACAGGUAGGUAUCUCCAUAAGGGAAUCAAUUAAUACGUAAAAUAAUAAUAUUUCUAUAAGUUUGAUAUAUUUCUAUAUGUAUAGAUACGUACUUUUUUUUACUGCUAUCUGCAAAAUAUCCAUUAAAAAGAAAAAUUUAUGAAUUUGGAAAUAUAUUAUCAAUUAUAUAUAGUUUAUAGUGACAUUUGUUACUUUUCUAUUUUUCGCUGAUAUCCAUUCU